UCGCCAUGGAAGCCGCUUGGAGAAGGCGGGGGUGGGCGCGGUAUUUCUGGGCUGCCAGAACUGACAGCCACAUCCUGCGUGCCUUCGCCACCUAGAAAUAUUUUGACCGCAGCCUUAUGCCUCUUUGGAUCCCUUUCUUCCCUUUCUCCCCUAGCGAUGCAACAGAUUUGGUUUUCUGGUUGUGUGUGCGUGUGUUAAAGUCUGCACCUUUUCCAAUUCGACCAAUUUCCAUUGUGUCCUUGACUAUCUUUAAAAAUUACCCCCUAAUUCCAUGAAGUUUUGCCCUGAACGUGUGGGGUUUGAUGUUGUUGCGCCUGCAUGGGAGGACCCUGCCCGUGGAGAAAAUGGUUCACUCUGGUUCGCAUCCCUUUUCCAGGCUUGCUAUUGUGCGCCCGUGAUCGACAAGACCACGAGGCUGAGCGCGCCCGGAAGAUUUUUCUGUAAAUGGCUUAAAGCCCUAGUCCAGACUAUUUUCUCGGAUAAAAGGGAGACAAUUACCUUCUUGUUCUUUGCUGGUGAACUCUGGCUUCUGUAAGAAUUUAACCAGUCUGCCCAGAGCCAGCAAAGCAGGACAAAAACCGCCACGACCUCCGGCAGGGCAGAGAGGGAAGGGCAGCCCGCGCAGGACGGACGCUCUCUUUGGGGGCUCGUGCCCGGGUGUUUGAUCCUCCGUUUCCUGUUUUCUUGGGGACCCGAGCGGAGCGAAGGGUGUGAUGGACUGCAAUAACGGAUGCUCCGCAGAGUGCACCGGAGAAGGAGGACCAAAAGAGGCGGUGGAGACGUUUAAGGCUAAAGAUCUAAUAAUCACACCAGCCACCACUUUCAAGGAAAAACCAGACCCUAGUACUCUGGUUUUCGGAACUGUUUUCACGGAUCACAUGUUGACCGUGGAGUGGUCCUCAGAGUUUGGAUGGGAGAAACCACAUAUCAAGCCUCUUCAAAACCUGUCGUUGCAUCCAGGCUCAUCGACUUUCCAUUAUGCAGUGGAAUUAUUUGAAGGAUUGAAGGCAUUUCGGGGAGUGGAUAAUAAAAUUCGACUCUUUCGGCCAAACCUCAACAUGGACCGAAUGUACUGUUCUGCUAUGAGGGCAACCUUGCCGGCAUUUGACAAGCAAGAGCUUUUAGAGUGUAUUCGGCAGCUCGUGAAGGUGGAUCAAGAGUGGGUCCCCUAUUCAACGUCUGCUAGUCUGUAUAUUCGUCCUACAUUCAUUGGAACUGAGCCUUCUCUGGGAGUCAAGAAGCCUACCAAAGCCCUGCUCUUUGUAAUCUUGAGCCCAGUGGGACCUUAUUUUUCAAGCGGAAGCUUUAAUCCAGUGUCCCUGUGGGCCAAUCCGAAGUUUGUAAGAGCCUGGAAAGGUGGGACUGGGGACUGCAAGAUGGGAGGGAAUUAUGGCUCGUCUCUUUUUGCCCAGUGUGAAGCAGUGGAUAACGGGUGUCAGCAGGUUCUGUGGCUCUAUGGAGAGGAUAAUCAGAUAACUGAAGUUGGAACUAUGAAUCUUUUUCUUUACUGGAUAAAUGAAGAUGGAGAAGAAGAACUGGCCACUCCUCCGCUAGAUGGCAUCAUUCUCCCAGGAGUGACGAGGCAGAGCAUCCUGGACCUGACACACAAGUGGGGGGAGUUUAAGGUGUCAGAGAGGUACCUCACCAUGCACGACCUGACCACAGCCGUGGAGGAGAGCCGGGUGAGGGAGAUGUUUGGUUCGGGUACCGCCUGCGUCGUUUGCCCAGUGUCAGACAUUCUGUACAAGGGUGAGACUAUACACAUUCCAACCAUGGAGAACGGUCCUAAGCUUGCAAGCCGCAUCUUGGACAAAUUGACUGAUAUUCAGUACGGAAGAGAGGAGAGCGACUGGACAAUCCUCAUAUCCUGAAUGGAGAGUAACAGGGUAUCGUAACAGGGGGCGGACUGUUGGAUUUGAAUUAUGAGGAAUUUCUUCGGCCAUCUAUUUUCAGUUGUGCAUCAUGUAGUUUGUGUUCUCAGUGUUACCAGGGUGACGGCUUCCUCACGCCAGAGAAAAUGAAUUGCCUUCAUCCAAUGGUGUUUUAUAGACUUGCUCGUAGAAGCUUACCUUACCAUCUCUAGAAAGUAGAGGCAGAGAGUGUUCCUUCGUCAUCUUGGUGCCUCCCUUAGUACUUCACCCAGAUAAAAAGAUGUUUAUCUUGCAGCAUAACUUAUGUUCUGCUCCUCAACCAAAGGAGUCUUUUUGUGUUGGAAAGCUGAUCUGAGUAAAUUUUCACAGGUGUACCAUUUCCUGUGACACAUCCUCCGAAAAUGUUUUUGUUUUUUGGGUGUUUUUUAAAUCAUGACUUUGAGAAAUUGGAUUUCCUUCCCUCAUAUUUCCUUCCAGGCUCCCUAAGUCCUCCUGAAGGUAAAUGUCAUCCUCCUUCCUGAUGCCACAGUCUGCGCCAAGCUCUCCGUGUGCAUCCGUAGGGGCCACCACUGUCCUCUCCACUUGUGUUGUAAUCAGUCGGCUGUCAGGUUUCCCUGCGAGACUGAGGGGCUGGUGCCUUCUAGAUCUUUGUAUCCCUCCCUGCCAGGCACAUCAUAAGGAAUGAAUGAACAUUUACCUUCUAUAGAAGUGUACCUUCUUUGUUUCUAUACUACAAAACCUCUGUUAGAAUACAUGAUUGAUUCUGAGUUUGUCUCUAUGUACCUCAUAUCUUUAUUUUCCACGGACUCCUAAGUUGUUAGGGAUACUCAGAGUCAUAGUUUGUGGAAGGAAUUAUUUCUUAUUUGAAGACUGUCUUGGAAUUGAAAUAAUAGCUCUCGAGAGGUCAUGAUACUGUACCAACCAAAUGGAAAAUGUUAAGUACAUAUCUGUUAAGUGUUAAAUACAAAAUAAAUCAUCAUAUUUA